CAGGAAGUUGAUACACUCGAACCCGGAACUGUGACGUGCAUAGAGCCAAAAGGUAACCACACCGUACACAAUAUCUACGUGGACUAAAAACAACUCUGAUCUGUGUCUUUAAAGGUAUGCGCUUUGGCUUACGCAGGUUGAAGAGAUCUUAUUCGAGGGAACAACUAGUUGACUUUUAAAUUGUGUUGUCACAAUGUGGAUCUUCGAAGAUUGCUGCAGCCUUUCUAAACCAGCCAUUCGUGCUGAGGCUGAGGAAAAAUGCUGGUCCCACUCUUAUUGGUUUCGUGCUGAGGCUGAGAAACAACGCUGGUCCCACUCUUAUUGGUUUCGUGCUGAGGCUGAGAAACAACGUCGUGCUGAGGCUGAGAAACAACGCAUGAGGAGCCUCUGGUCCAUCAUUCUUCACCUUCGUGCUGAGGCUGAGAAACAACGUGAUGCUGAGGCUGAGGAACAACGUGAUGCUGAGGCUGAGAAACAACGCAAAGAACCUGCCAAUAAAAGUGGAGAACAACCAGAAGACGACGCUAUCAAUAAAAGCGGAGGAGAUCCAAUCAAUAAAGACCCAGGUGAUGGAGGCAGAGGUUUUCAAGACCUUUCUCAGCGCUGGGAUUUUGUCCUUGAUGUUGGAGUGAAUGUCAUGACCAUGACUGCUCUGGCAGCCUGAAGAACAGUUGCACCAGCAUAACUCAUUGACAACAGC